AGCGGGACGCUUGCGGUGCGGGAUUCCCGGCAGAGGCAGCGGGUGCAAAGCCCCGCGGGCUGAGGGGAGGUGACGGGCCGCGGGAGGUGGCGCUGGCGGCUCCCGGAGGCCCCAGUUCCCCUAGGACGGGGCCAGGUGGACGUCACCUCUGGCUUCUCCAGCAUGCGUGGGCACCCGGGGGGCGGCUGCGGGCGCGGGGCCUAGGGAUGAUCUUCCCGGUCGCCCGCUGCGCGCUCCGCUGGCUGAAACGGCCGGGAGCCCGGACCCUGUCCCGCGCUGCCAUGGAGGUGGCCUUCCGAGGCGUGCGGAAAAUUCUCUGUGUGGCCGAGAAAAACGACGCGGCCAAGGGGAUCGCCGACCUGCUGUCCAACGGUCGCAUGAGGCGGAGGGAAGGAUUUUCAAAAUUCAACAAGGUCUAUGAAUUUGAUUAUCAUCUAUAUGGCCAGAAUGUUACCAUGAUAAUGACUUCAGUUUCUGGACACUUGCUGGCCCAUGAUUUCCAGAUGCAGUUUCGCAAAUGGCAGAGCUGCAAUCCCCUUGUCCUCUUUGAAGCAGAAAUUGAAAAGUACUGCCCAGAGAAUUUUGUAGACAUCAAGAAAACUCUGGAACGAGAGACUCAGCAGUGCCAAGCCCUGGUGAUCUGGACCGACUGUGAUAGAGAAGGUGAAAAUAUCGGGUUUGAAAUUAUCCACGUAUGCAGGGCCGUGAAGCCCAAUCUGCCGGUGCUGAGAGCCCGUUUCUCUGAGAUCACCCCCCGAGCCGUCCGGGCGGCCUGUGAAAACCUGACCGAGCCCGAUCAGAGAGUGAGCGAUGCCGUGGACGUGAGGCAGGAGCUGGACCUGAGGAUUGGAGCUGCCUUCACUAGGUUCCAAACCCUGAGGCUUCAGAGGAUUUUUCCAGAAGUGUUGGCAGAGCAGCUGAUCAGUUACGGCAGCUGCCAGUUCCCGACCCUGGGGUUCGUGGUGGAGAGGUUCAAAGCCAUUCAGGCUUUUGUGCCAGAAAUCUUCCACAAAAUUAAAGUAACUCAUGACCACACAGAUGGAGUCGUAGAUUUCAACUGGAAAAGGCAUCGUCUCUUUAACCACACAGCUUGUCUUGUCCUCUACCAGCUGUGCAUGGAGGAUCCCAGGGCAACCGUGGUGGAGGUCAGGUCUAAGGCAAAGAGCAAGUGGAGGCCUCAAGCGUUGGACACUGUGGAGCUUGAGAAGCUGGCUUCUCGAAAGUUGAGAAUAAAUGCUAAAGAAACCAUGAGGAUUGCCGAAAAGCUCUACACUCAAGGGUACAUCAGCUAUCCUCGUACUGAAACAAACAUCUUCCCCAAAGACUUGAACCUGACCGUGCUGGUGGAACAGCAGACCCUGGAUCCACGCUGGGGGGCCUUCGCCCAGAGCAUUCUAGAGCGGGGUGGCCCCACUCCACGCAACGGGAACAAGUCUGACCAAGCUCACCCUCCCAUCCACCCCACCAAAUACACCGACAGCUUGCAGGGAGAUGAGCAGCGACUAUAUGAGUUCAUCGUGCGGCAUUUCCUGGCUUGCUGCUCCCAGGAUGCUCAGGGGCAGGAGACCACCGUGGAGAUCGACAUUGCUCAGGAACGCUUCGUGGCCCACGGCCUCAUGAUUUUGGCCCGAAACUAUCUGGACGUGUACCCGUAUGACCACUGGAGUGACAAGACCCUCCCUGUCUACGAGAGAGGCGCCUGCUUCCAGCCCAGCACUGUGGAGAUGGUGGACGGGGAGACCAGCCCACCCCAGCUGCUCACUGAAGCCGACCUCAUCGCCCUGAUGGAAAAGCACGGCAUUGGGACCGACGCCACUCACGCGGAGCACAUCGAGACAAUCAAAGCCCGGAUGUAUGUCGGGCUCACGGCGGACAAGCGGUUUCUCCCAGGGCAUCUGGGCAUGGGGCUCGUGGAAGGUUAUGACUCCAUGGGCUAUGAGAUGUCCAAGCCUGACCUCCGGGCCGAGCUGGAAGCUGACCUGAAGCUGAUCUGUGAAGGCAAGAAGGACAAGUGGGUGGUUCUAAGGCAGCAAGUCCAGAAAUACAAGCAGGUUUUCAUUGAAGCAGUGGCCAAAGCUAAGAAAUUGGAUGAGGCGUUAGCCCAGUACUUUGGGGAAGGGGCAGAGGUGGCCCAGCAAGAAGCCAUCUACCCGAGCAUGCCAGAGCCCAUCAAGAAGUGUCCACAGUGCAACAAGGACAUGGUCCUCAAGACCAAGAAGAAUGGCGGGUUCUACCUCAGCUGCACGGGCUUCCCAGAAUGCCGAUCGGCCGUGUGGUUCCCGGACUCUGUGCUGGAGGCCAGCAGGGACGGGAGCGUGUGUCCAGUGUGUCAGCCGCACCCUGUUUACAGGUUGAAGUUAAAGUUUAAACGUGGCAGCCUUCCCCCGACCAUGCCCCUGGAGUUUGUCGGCUGCAUCGGUGGAUGCGACGAGACGCUGCGGGAGAUCUUGGACCUGAGGUUCUCACGGGGGCCCCCCAGACCUUUCCAGCCAGCCAGUCAGCCCUCUAACUACCUGCAGGCUAGCCAGUCCCUGAAUAGAAUGGCCAGCGCCCCCCAGAUGCUUCCCCCACCCGCCGCCGCCGCCGCCGCCGCCGCCGGGGGCAGCAACUCGGUGACCUGCAACUGCGGCCAGGAGGCCGUGCUGCUCACCGUGCGGAAGGAGGGCCCCAACCAGGGCCGCCAGUUCUAUAAGUGCAACGGCAACGGCUGCAGCUUCUUCCUGUGGGCCGACAGCAGCCCCUCGGCAGCCGGGGGGCCGCCCUCCUCCACGUCGAGACCCACCGGCGGCUUGCUGGGCCGCCCGCCUGCCACGGGGGACCACCGGGGCGGGUCCGGCCGACCCGGAGAUGAGGAUGGUGGCGGGGGCACAUCCUGCCUGUGCAGCCAGCCCGCUGUCACCCGCACCGUGCAGAAGGACGGGCCCAACAAGGGCCGCCAGUUCCACACGUGCGCCAAGCCCAGAGAGCAGCAGUGUGGCUUCUUCCAGUGGGUGGACGAGAACGUGGCCCCAGGGACUUUCGGAGCCCUGACCUGGCCAAGAGGCAAAGAAAUAACCCAGGGGCCAGAGGCCAGAAGCAAAAGAGCCCGGGCCAGUUCCACGGACACGGGGUCCAUGCCCAAGAAACCCCGGAAAUGCAGCCUUUGCCACCAGCCUGGACACACCCGUCCCUUCUGUCCCCAGAACAGAUGAGGCAGGGGAGGGGAGGGAGGACCGCUUCCUCGGACCUGCCCCUUUCUUCUCGGGAAUAAGCUGUUUUCACUAGGACCUACCCUGCCCUGGAGGCCUUGAGGAAAGCGGUGGCGUUGGGCGCCUGGCCUAGCUGGGCUCAGGAGUCAGGAUCCACACCGCUCUCCGGAGAAGGCCAUCUCGGGUACACAGUAACCCCCGGCCUGGGGCUUCUCGCUGCUGGUGCUACGGAGCAUUUCAGCAGCAGGGUGGGCGCAGCCUGCGCUGUGGCGUCCGGGGCUUCUGAAAGUCCCCUCGAGGGACCGGCAUUCCUGGUCCAGGCUCCGGGCAACCUGGACGGGGCUCCGCUCGCGGACGUUCUGAGAAAAGAGGUUGUAAUGCAAGAACGUGGCUCUUGUUCUAAAAUUGUGUCUAUCGAAGAAGCUUUGUUUGUCUUUAUCGAGACGCCACUGUGGCCGGGACACCCCACGGCUCGUGUGCCUUCAUAAAGAACCCUGUCCCUCUGCUCUGGGGGGUGUGGUGCACUGGUGACCGGUGGCAGAAGCGGCGGGCUCGGACCCCAGCCAGGGCUCGAGGGACCUCUCGCUGGCCUCUGGCCCUCUUGGCCUCUCCUCGCAGCCCCACGAGCAGCUUGCCCCGCAGACAGAGCAGAGAGACCAUACGAGAUGCAGAAUGCUUCCGCUCUGCGUGGGGGUGGCCUCGUCCCUUGUGUCUUUACAAAACCCUGUGAAUGAUACGUAACCACGUGCCUUUAUUUAGGAGAUAAGCAGGAACGGGUGUGAGUUGCCAGGAGUUGCAUUGUUGGCUGGUGAAGAAACGAACAGUCCUCACUCUUGGACUCCUGGCUCCACACCCUCCAGUUACACCAGUUGCUCUUGGAGCAUCUGAACAGUGGGGUGGGUCACGGCCCUGCCUUUGUGUUUUCAUCCCCAGCCCCCCAGCCCUUGGCAACCACCAGUCUACUUUCUGUCUUGGUGGCUUUACCUCUUUGGAACAGUCCAUGUAAAUGGAAUCACAGAGCCUGUGACCUACCGUCUGGCUUCUCUGCCUUCGCGUAUCGUCUGCAAGGCUCACGCACGAGCAUGCGUCAGCAUGUGACUCGUCCGUGUGACUGAUACUCCAUCCCGUGGAUGAACCACAUCAUGUCCAUCCGGUCAGCUGAUGGGCAUUUGCGUUGUUCCCACAUUUUGGCUGUUGGGAACGGUGCUCAUAGAAACACGUACAAGAUUUGAA